AUGCUUUCUCUCGGAUCCGGGUCCUCUUGGACACUCGCCAUGGUCACUGCGCUUUUGGCCACGACUGUUUACGCUGUUCCAAUCCAUGAUUCGGGUGCAACUCGAACUGAUGCGCAACGGGCUUCAGUGAUAGAGCCUCGCGACCCGAGAAUUAUUCCCGAUACUGAGCGCUACCUUGCCGACGUCCUAGGUAUGCUAGGCAUCCCAUCACCAGGAGCAUCGGAUGUCCCAUCAAGCACCCCUUCAGUGGCCGCAACACCAACUAGCCAAGCAAGCCAUGGUAAAGCACAGAGUGUCAUUCCGACACCAGUCGCCGCAACACCAUCCAAGGUCCAGCAAUACAGUCCCACUCCUUCUGCGACUCAGUAUAUAGAUGGCUGGACCGUUACAACCUCCAUCAACAAGAACAAGGAUACCAAACCGAUUGAGAACAUCCAGAUUGGAAGUGGAUGGCACGGUGGAAACAGGAUCCAUGCUUCUGAUGUCCCGUUCAUCAUGGAUUCUGUUUACAGUGCGGUUGCAGAUCGGCUUAACGAUUUUGUUGAUAGCUCCGAUGAGCUUACCCUGGAUGAUGAGUGA